AAACUAACUAUUGGUCGUAUUUGAAAUAAUUAUAUGUUUAAUUGCAUGUUUGCGUAUCUCAGUAGUCAUUGUAUAUUUAGUCAAUGGUUAAUGGAUGUGUAGCAUGAAGCAUAAGCAACGGUUUACUGCUACGCUUACCCAACUGAGGUCCGGGACGCAGGACGCACGCUCCGCACCCCCGCUCUUUCUAUUCACAAACCGCCCGCUCCAGACGCGCGCCUAGUGUCGACAGUAAAUUUCCAAACAAAAAGGUCGUCAGUGCCUUAUGAGGCUUGGUGAGUGUCGGGUGUGCGCGUGUUCCCUCUAAGCUACUAAAGGGUCGCGGCAGGCCCCCAUGUGCAGUCAGUGAAUAGCUAGUGUCCGCCAGCUGCAGUGCCGCCAUGGGCUGCGCCCGCGGGCUUUGCACCUCACAGAGCGUCUUCAUCUUUAUCAACAUUGCUUUUGCAAUGUACAGCGGCGCACUGCUGUCGACGGCGGCGCGGCUGGCGUGGGACCCCAGCACAUACACAUGGUUUCGAUUCCUGUGCGCUGCACAAUAUCGUGUAUCGCUGGCAUACGUUCUGGCUGCUGGGUUGUGGCUAGCAGCCCUGGUAUACCUGUCAGUUGCGGCUGGUGCCGCGGCUGCAGCUGCACGUCGCCCCGCCGCCGCAUUGCACACUUAUGUGGCGGGUGUAUGCGCCUUGGCGCUAAGUGAAGUGGCGUAUGGUGCGUGGCUGGUCGCCUCUUUAGCAGCUUGGUGGCGUGCCGCGCCUGAAGCCGAACUUGCGCGCAAAGGCAUCGACUUACUACACGAUAUUAAGCCGGCGCUGCUUGCCGUCGAGCGUUACCGCGACGUCGCACAGCCACUAUACAACAUGAUCGAGGAGGUGGAAGCACGCGCCCCAAACAAUGCCGUCAUAGUGAUCGUUUUCGCGGUGCUGGCAGUGGUGCUGCAAGUGGCGGCGGUGGUGGUGGCCCGGCGGCUGGCACGCGGAGGAGUCACGACAGGUCGGCGUUGCGAGCCCGGUGAAGUUGGCGAGGUUGACAGUGAUAGCGAGGCUCUGGAGAAAAGCGCGCCCCCAUCUGCCCCGCCUGCGGGAUCGCCGCCACCACCAGGAUGGCACAAGUCCGCCAACUUGCGGAUGUACACGAUAUUAGACAAGAUUUUCUAGCAGGAGGAGGGUGAGUCCCGCAAGAGUGUGACUCGUCCUCAGAGAGAGCCUUGCGAGUUGGAACAUGGCGAGUCUGCAAGAGCAGCGACGGUGCGCGAUGCUCGGUGGGACGCGGUUCACGCGCAGCUAGCUGCUGCAGGAGGACGUCCUGCAAGAGCUCCUACCGCACUCCUCAUCCUUCACACAGACCUCUAGCCGUCCCCUGAUUUGGAAAACCUUAUGCGUUAGCGGUAAUCGCUCCUAAUAUACGACAGACAAAUUCUUGCCCUUAUGUCUUCUGUAAUUGUUUAAAAUUAUUUCCGUCUUUAAUACUACAUAAUGUCAUUUACUCUCACACACGACUUUAAUUAUGGCACAUUACAAGAACUUAAUAUUUCAAUAAUUAAUAGUGAGAACUAGGAACUAAAGUUGUCUAAUGCUAAUUCUGAAUAUUUACUUCCAAUUUGAGUAAGGUUUUUUGAAAAUAUUUCAAUACAUAUUAGUUAAGAAACGUUUUUUGUUAUAACGAAUUUCACGAAUAAACACAGAUCUGUAUGCAGGUAUAUAUCACAAAUUGUUUAUGCUUGAUUUGUUUAUCGAUAUACGAAUCGGCAGAUUUUGUAUAAUUUUUCAUUGAGACCACAUGCAGGGCAGGUAGCCCAGACAUCCAUGGCAUAACGUGGUACUUUGAUCUACAGUUUUUUCAACGAAAAUCAAUAACGCACACUGCCUCCACUAACGAAUUAAACGUAUUCUAACCUAUUGUAAUAUGUAUUUAAAUUCUAAUAAAAUUGUUUCGCAAUCAUAGCAAUACUGCGGUUCAACGUCUUUCGGUUAAGUUCCUCAAACAUAGUUCCUUCCCUCAUACCGUUUGUUUUAUAAAUUACAGACGGAAUGUCAUGGAAGUAACUGCAUUUGCCGUGAUCUAUUUAUUUUCUCAUAUUAAAUUUUAUGUAUGAUACGAAAUUACGUUGAAAUACGCAUGUGUUGCAUGAAUUGGAACGAAGUUAAGCUGUUAAACAGACUGCCAUAUUAUGUAUAAUAUUAAAAGUAUUGUUUAAGUAGUAAAUAGAGGCGUGAAUCGCCAGUGAUAACGUAUAUCUAGCGUAAAGUUUACUCAUAUCACCUUUGUAUUGCAUGUGUUUGUGAUUCCUAGCUGGUAAGUGUUCUGUUACAACGAGUGGUGCUAUCACUGCAUUUUGUACGUAGUAUGUUGAUACGUAAUAUUUUAUCGUCAUACUUACUGGUUUUAAAGUAACGUAUAGUUAAUGUUCUAAAGCACAACGCCAGGUGCAGAUUCGCCACUUCCCUUCGUCACCAGGUUACACGCCGGUUAGACGAAGUCGGAGCGUUCUCGUGCCAAAUAGCUUUAAGUUUAGCGAAUAGUAAGCUAUGAUUUGUUAACGGGUCGUGUGUUUUCUAACAGCACAAAUUGGCCCGACGACUUUAACAAAUUAACAAAUUAUGCGUAAUAAGAAAACUGGUUCAUACUAGACAAUAAGUAGCAUCGCAUGUCUUCGAGCUAUUUAAAUACUUUAUCUCAAUAAAUAAAUAUUUUUAUACCGUU